CUCCUCUAACUUCCGCCUUCCCUCCCCUCAGGGCGCGGUGUUGUUGCCAUGGAGACGAGGGCGCACCCCUAUUGGCCGCGCUCGCUGACGUUGCCGGGUUACGUGGCCGGCGCGCGGCCCGGCUGGCAGUGCGCAGGCGCGGUGGGCGUGGCGGCGGCGGCGCUGCUGUGGGCGGGGUGGGCGCUGGGAGGGGGCGGGGCCAAGGGCGGGGCCUCGCGGAGCCCCGCCCGCCGCCUGGUGCUGGGCUGGUUCCUCGUGUGCUCCGGGAUCCACGGGGUCCUGGAGGGUUAUUUCAGCCUCCGGCACCGGGAGCUGCCCGCCGACACCGGGCUGCUGGCAGACGUCUGGAAGGAAUACGCCAAGGCCGACAGCCGCUACAUGACGAGCGAUGACUUCACGGUGGCCAUGGAGACUGUGACUGCCUGGGCCUGGGGCCCCCUCAGCUUCCUCACCUUCCUCGCCCUCCUGCGCCGCCACCCGGCCCGUUACGUCCUGCAGCUCAUCGUGUCCCUCGGGCAGCUCUACGGGGACGUUCUGUACUUCGCCACCGAGGCCCUGGAGGGCUGGACCCACAGCGACCCCCGACCCCUCUAUUUCUGGGGGUACUUCGUGGGGCUCAACGGGCUGUGGGUGCUGGUGCCCGGUGCCCUCCUGCUCGACGCCUGCUACCAGCUCUGCGCCGCCCAGCGCAGCCUCGACCGGCCCCGUCACAAGGCCCACUGAGCUUUGUGGGACCCCCCUGAGACCCCUCAAGGGG